UGACCCGGAAGUUAACUUGUUCAAUCUGCAGUCGCGGAUAUUCUCCGUGAUGAGUGGAGACUCGCAUGGGAAUAAAGAGUUCCUUGAGCAGCUUCGGCUGCAGGAGCUCUACGGAGGAAGGCGUGGAGACGGAGAUGACCCCUUCACUUUUGUGGACCCGGAGGAUGGCACGGUGUAUGAUUGGGACCCUGACAAGAAAGCUUGGUUUCCGAAGAUAACAGAUGACUUUUUGGCGGAGUACCAUGCCAACUAUGGCUUCGAUGAGGAAGGGAAUGCAUCUGCAUCAGUUCCAUCCUCUGAAGCAACAGCAGCCAAGAAAGAGGAACCCGAGAAGACGGAUAAGAGUAGCGACCAGGCCAAGGCCAAAGAGAAGGGAGAGAAGGGAGAGAAGAGAAAGGCAGAUCCAGGCUGGUUUGAUGUGGAGACUGACAAGAACACAAAUGUUUAUGUUUCAGGCCUACCCCUAGACAUAACCGAAGAGGAGUUUGUGGAGUUCAUGUCCAAAUGUGGCAUCGUCAUGCGUGACCCCAUCACAGAGGAGUACAAGGUGAAACUCUACAAGGACAAGGAUGGAAACCAGAAAGGAGAUGGACUCUGUUGCUAUUUGAAGAAAGAGUCUGUGGCCCUGGCAGAGCGCCUGUUGGAUGAGAGUGAGAUCAGGGGUUACCAGCUGCACGUGGAGGCGGCCCGCUUCGAGCUCAAGGGCACGUACGACGCCAGCAAGAAGAAGAAGAAGUCAAAAGAAUACCGCAAGAAACUGAAGGCGCAGCAAAAGCAGUUGGACUGGCGGCCUGAGAAAAAAGGAGAGGUCCGUAAACGGCAUGAGCGAGUAGUGAUCAUCCGGAACAUGUUUCAUCCCAGUGACUUUGAGGAAGACCCUCUUGUUUUGAACGAGUACAGAGAAGACCUCAGAACAGAGUGUGAGAAAUUUGGCGAUGUAAAGAAAGUCAUCAUAUUCGAUAGACACCCUGAUGGAGUGGCUUCAGUGGCGUUUAAGGAGCCUGAGCAUGGUGACGCUUGCAUACUGGCAUUAAAUGGCCGAUGGUUCGGGGGGAGGCAGCUGUCAGCUGCGCUGUGGGACGGCAACACUGAUUAUCAGGUGGAGGAGACGAGCCGUGAGCGUGAGGAACGGCUGAAAGGCUGGGAGACUUUCCUGGACGGGAGCAAGGGGCCCACGGACGCCUCGACAGCAGCGGCGGCAGCGGCCGCAGCUCAGGGAGACGUCCCCAAAAGCAGCAGUGGAGCCGACGCACCUCCGACGGCGGCCUCCAACGGUCAGGCCGCCACAGAAGCGGCGGCGUCCACGGCCGAGACGCCUGCCGAGGGCACGUCGGGGGCAGUGCAGAGCCAGGAGGCAGACGAGGAGUGUCGUGACCCGGGCGCCGAGUCAACAGACAGCAGCGUGGCCGGCAGCGAUGAGGAGGACGGAGGAGAGGAUGCUUAGAGGAGAGAUGCCUCUAUACUCUCCCUCCAUCCCGCACUAAUCCCCUCUCCACUCAAACCACACUGCAGAGCUCCCGCAGCGCUGGACCGUUUUGUCCUGAAUUGUCCCUUCAGUAGUACAGAAGAUGCCCCCUUUGUUUGUGAAAAGUCUUGACUUUGUGUUUGUGUGCUGUGCAGCAGUCUUUUAAUUUGUCAUCGAUUAAGUGUCAUGUCUUCACUUUCAUGUGUUCUUUUGAGAAUUUUUCUUUUUUUAUAUAAUUAAAAUUCUAAAGUACUGGUAA